AUGUCGAAACAAGAAGAGAUAAUGACCGAUUUCAAGCCGAAAGAGACAUGGAGGAUCGUGAAAAACGUAGUCGUUAUCAGCACAGCUUUUAUGGCUCAGUUCACAGCGUAUAGUGGUGCAGCAAAUUUACAAAGCUCAAUUAAUGCAGAAGCUGGUUUGGGUACAGCCUCCUUGGCGGCCGUAUAUGCGGGAUUGAUAUUCUCAAGUUUUUUUCUGCCCGCUAUCGUUAUCAAAUGGUUGGGCACUAAAUGGGCAAUGGCAGUGUCAUCUUUGGCUUUUAUGCCUUAUAUCGGUGCGCAGUUGAUGCCGCGCUUCUGGACCAUGAUCCCCGCCGGCAUCUUUCUCGGAAUCGGUUCGGGUCCACUGUGGUGCUCCAAAUGUACUUAUUUGUCCGUGGUAGCAGAGGUUCAUAGCAAGAUUUCUAACAUUCCAACCGAAGCGUUGCUCAGUCGUUUCCUUGGAUUGUUUUUUAUGAUCUUUCAGCUGAAUCAAGUAUGGGGAAAUCUCAUUUCUUCUUUGGUUUUAUCGUCGGGCAACAACGAGGCCGCAGUAACUGGGUUAAACGAGACUCAGAUUCCGGAGUUUUGUGGCGCUAACUUUUUACCCAACGCCGAUGCUGGCGAUGCUUUGCAAACUCAACCGCCUGAGAGGAUUCAAAUGAUAGCUGGUAUAUACUUAGCGUGUUUAGCUGGUGCUGGUCUCAUUGUUGCAGUCGGAGUGGAUUCUAUGAAAAGGUACGACAAUGGACGCUCCGGAUCCAGUUCAGGUCUAUCAAGCAUGGCGCUACUUGCUGUCACAAUGAAGCUAUUGAUAGAGCCCAAUCAAUUGAUGCUUAUCAUUAUAAACGUGUUCAUCGGCCUGCAACAGGCAUUCUUUGGAGCAGAUUUUACAGCUGCGUUCGUUUCUUGCGCCAUCGGCACGGGCACAGUUGGCUUUGUGAUGAUGACGUAUGGGGUUGCAGACGCAAUUGGAUGCGUUGUCUCAGGAUACUUAGCGAAGGUUACCGGCCGUUUACCCCUGUUGUGUACAGCUGCCGUAAUCCAGACUGGACUCUUCGUGGCUAUCCUAAUAUGGAAACCGCAUCACAACGAAGCGUACGCGCUGUACUCGAUAGCCGUGCUGUGGGGUCUGUGUGACGCUUUGUGGGUGGUGCAAAUUAAUUCAUAUUACGGAGUUUUGUUCCCGGGAAGAGAAGAGGCAGCGUUUGCAAACUUUAGGCUAUGGGAAUCUGUGGGAUAUAUUGUUGCAUACCUUAUAUCCCCACAUUUGAGAACUAGUACUAAGACUUACGUACUCAUCGUAUUGAUGAUAAUAGGAGUCUCUCUCUACUUCGUUGUGGAAUACAGAGAUAGAAAAGCGAAAAAGAAGUUAGAAGAGAAGAAUCAAGAAUUGCAGAACGUCGGUUGUGAUAAUAUCGCGUUUCAAAACUUAGAUUGA